AUGGAAGCAGGAUUGAGCAGUUUCUCUGCCCUGGCUCCACCAGUAUGGGGAGACUUAUCAAGCUUUGGCAGUGAGAAUGCGAGCCUAUCUAGAGGUUGUGAUUACUUGGAAGCAGCGAGAAACAAUAUAAGCAGAAUUAUGGCUUGUGAAUCAGCCAAAGCAAUAUGGGACUUCCUCAAAGCCGAGUAUCAAGGAGAUGAGAGGAUUAAAAGCAUAAAGGUGCCGAAUCUGAUCAGAGAGUUCAAGAGACUGCAAAUGGAUGAGUCCGAGACAAUCAUGGAGUACUCUGACAAGUUGAUAGGCAUUGCUAAAAAGGUCAGGUUCGCAAAAUUGGUUAGUGCUCUACAAGCACCAGAAUGUGGGAGGUCAAUGAGGUUGGAAGGAAGUGUAGAAGGAGCUCUAAAGGCCAAAUUGCAACAACAUUCUGGAGGGAAAGAGAAGAAGUGGAAGGGAAGAAAGGGAAUGGCUGUAGCUCACAGGCAGUUGCAGGAGAAGGUAGUGCAGGCAACAAUGGAGGGAGAGAAGGGAGAUCGGCAACAAGGUGAGGCACAUGCUGCCGUCCAACAAGAGGUAAAUCAACCGUCUAUUGCCUCUUGUUUCACUUUUAGUACUCCAUGCGAUAGUUGGCUUGUUGAUAGUGGUUGUACAAACCACAUGACAAGUGAUGAGAAGUUGUUUAGGAACCUUGAUAAGUCAAUGAAAUUAAAGGUGAGAAUUGAGAAUUGGGAGUACUUAGCAGUAGAAGGUAAAGAGUCUAUAGCAAUAGAGAGUUGUGUUGGAACCAAGCUGGUUUUUGAUGUCAUGUACGUGUCCGAGAUUGAUCAGAACUUGUUAAGUGUCGGUCAGCUGCUUGAGAAGGGGUUUAAGCUAAUAUUUGAAGGAAGGAAGUGUUUGAUCUUUGACUCCAGUGAUAAGGAGCUAUUUAAGAUAAAAAUGUAG